UCCAACUUCAACUAUGGCCAGUAUCAUUUAUAGGGUGCUUUUUCUACUUUCGAUCUCAACUUCACUCUAUUCGAUUGUUUACACACUUGAAUGUUUAACCCCGGAAGAACAUGCUCAAGGAGUGAAAAAGUGCUGUCUUAUACCGAAUCCAUUCGACGUUAUCCAAACACCGGAAAUGGUCGGAUCAAUCGAAAAGUGCGUAUCGGAAUUCGGAGAACUAAAAGGCGAACGGAAGAGGAUGUGCACCUACCACUGCCAAACGUCGCUGCUGCAAUUGGUGAAUAAAACAGCGGUAAACAGGGCAAAAUUUCUUAAUAUGAUCAAGAGCGCCAUCGUCGUCGGUGGGAAAGCCCGGGAGGAAGUGAUGGCCAUUGCCACCGAAUGUCUAAACCAAGCUCCCAUGAUGGCCAGAGCGAUCACGAAUCACUCGUUGGGUUGCAAUCCCCUGGCCUACAUGCUGGACGAAUGCAUCAUGUCCGGCCUCUACUAUAACUGUCCGGAUGAGUUUUGGAAGAAAGACGAAAUCUGUGACCACAUCGCUGAGCGGUAUGCUGUGUGCAGUUGAAAUCAUCUUAACAGAACGCAGCAUUUUUUUACGGUCGCCAUGUGAUCACCAUCUGCAGCUAAAUUUACAUUGUUUUGAAAUCUGACAGAUAGUGGUGCUAUAAAGUAGAUGGGAAUUUCUUUCAAUUUCAAACUAUCAGAAUAAUAUUGUACAUACAUUUUAUUGUUUUAAUUGAUUUUACAAAUGAAACUAGUAUUCUUCAAUU